AUGGUUACCAAGGCAGAGAAAAAGAAGGCGACGAGAUUCGAGUUGAAGACUCCGAAGGGAACCAAGGAUUGGGAGGGAAAAGACAUGGUUAUUCGAGACAAGAUUUUCUCAACGAUCACCGAUGUCUUUAAACGUCACGGAGCAGUUACAAUUGAUACCCCAGUGUUUGAGUUGAAGGAGAUCCUUUCAGGCAAAUACGGCGAAGAUAGCAAACUUAUUUACGACCUCGCCGAUCAGGGUGGGGAGAUUUGUUCUUUACGUUAUGACUUGACAGUACCAUUCGCGCGGUGGCUGGCUAUGAAUAGAGACUGUCAAACAAUUAAGAGAUACCACAUCGCCAAGGUUUACAGACGAGAUCAACCAGCGAUGACCAAAGGCCGCAUGAGAGAAUUCUACCAAUGCGACUUCGAUAUUGCUGGAGUCUACGAUCCCAUGCUUCCAGAUGCAGAGAUAGUCAGAAUCGUGACUGAAGUUUUUGAAGGUCUAGGAUGGAGAGGGCGGUAUACCAUCAAACUCAACCACAGGAAAAUUCUAGAUGGUAUAUUCGAAGUUUGCGGUGUACCAAGUGAUAAGAUUAGGACGAUUUCUUCAGCGGUUGAUAAGCUAGACAAGCUUCCAUGGGCAGAGGUGCGCAAAGAAAUGACCGAGGAAAAGGGACUUGCGGAAGAAGUUGCGGAUAAGAUUGGCGAAUAUGUGGUGCAAAAGGGGCAAAAGGAUCUCCUAGCAAAGCUGCAAGCAGACGAGAAACUUAUGGCUAAUGAGUCUAUGAAGGCUGGGUUGGCGGAUAUGGACCUUUUAUUUACAUACCUAGAGGCGUUCGAUGCUUUGGAGAAUGUUUCUUUCGAUUUGAGCUUAGCGCGUGGACUCGACUAUUAUACCGGAGUUAUCUAUGAGAUUGUCACAGAGGGCUCUGCGCCAAAUUCAGAACCUCUAGCAACUGUCUCGGUUGCGCCUGCAGCUCCGCCAAAACCAUCGAAGAAGCCAUCUAGCGGGAAGAGUGCCGUCGAUUUCGAUGAAGACCGCUCUUCAGAUCCAAGUGUUGGCGUUGGCAGUGUUGCCGCAGGAGGUCGAUAUGAUAAUCUUGUUGGCAUGUUCUCGGGUAAGACACAAAUUCCAUGUGUGGGCAUAUCUUUUGGCGUUGAUAGAAUUUUUUCUGUCACCAAGGCACGAAUGGCUGAGGACAACGCUGAGCAAGUACGCAAUAAUGAGACGGAAGUCUUCGUGAUGGCAUUUGGUGGUAAGGGUUUUACGGGAUUACUUAAAGAGAGACUUUCUAUCUGCACAACGCUUUGGGAAGCAGGAAUCAAGACGGAAUUUCUUUACAAAGUCAAGCCCAAGCUACCAAAUCAAUUCAAUGCCGCAGAAAAGAAUGGCUGCCCACUAUGCGUCGUUAUUGGCGAGGAUGAGAUGGCUGCAGGAAAAGUUAAGAUCAAGGAGAUGGGUCUCCGAGAUGGCCACCCAGAGAAAGAGGGCGUGUUGGUAGAUUUGAAAGAUUUGGUUUCGGAAGUCCGGACUCGUAUCUCCCGUAAGUCGAAGCUUGAUGAGAUGGUCAAGCAGGCUGAGGGAUUGAGAGUCGUUGGUGGAAUCCGUGGUGAGCCAGAAGUGGCAGCAAUAGCUGCAUCCGGGUCAGCAGAGACUCCCGACGCAGAAAGUGCAUCAGCGGCAACGACUGAAUCGGCGAAGCCGGUUAGUGAUGAUGCUGUGCCCGAUACCGAGAAGCCAGCUGAAGAGUCACUACACUCGCAAGAGACUAUAGGCGCUAUUCCUGCUUCAUAA